ACACCAAACCAGCCAGGAGUUCCGGGUCCUAGUACGGCUACGCCGGCGCCCGAGCAGUCAGGACAAACACAGAUACCACCAUCAUGGUGCCUCCCUCCGCCACAUACAGAUUCCCCACAGUGCACAUCUCGUGUCCGUGCGACGAGUCCAUAGCCAUUACGCCCAAGUCCCCCACCAAGCCUGGCGCGCCGGCAGUACCAGAGGAAGAUCCGGAUGAGUCUGAGGAGGAAACCUUCGACCCCCGAGCGCCUCGUUCCAACUUCUCGCUCUUCCCCCUAGAUAAUCUACUAUAUUGCGAGGAUUGUAAACAGAUUCGGUGUCCUCGUUGCGUGCACGACGAGAUUGUUUGCUUUUUUUGUCCGAAUUGUUUGUUUGAAGUACCAUCUUCUACUGUUAAGACGGAUGGAAACCGGUAUCCCUCUCCCCUCGCUAGAUGGUUUGAGAUGGCGUGGGGCUGACUGGGGGGUGUCUUAUGGGGACAGGUGUACGCGAAAUUGCUUCUCGUGUCCAAUAUGCUUCGCCUCCCUGGUUGUGGCACCCACGGGUGAGGGACAGGCAGGCCCAUACAUACUCCUGUGCAAUCACUGCCUCUGGUCAUCUGGAGAGAUAGGAAUCGAGUUCGAGAAGCCAACGUCUAUCGCUGCACAAUUGGCCGAGAAGCUGAAGCCUCCUGCUCUUGCCAGGGCCAGCUCGGGAUCUUUCACCUCUCCGCUUUCCCCAAUGUCAGCAUCUUCCGAGGGUUACUUUCCCUCCACGGGCGCUCCGACUAUUAUCACUCCGGACGAUGAGGAGGAUAAGAGGGAACUGAGCCCCGAGGAGCGGUUUAUCGGGCUUAAAGCGCAUUACGCACAACAAAAGGCUGGGGCGGGAGCGGAUGAGUACGGUAGCUCUCCUGGGGCGCUAUCACGGCUUAUGGGGCUGAUUUCUGGCCUUGGGUCUGGCAGUCGGAGCCGGAGUUUUGGCCGGGGAAUUGGGGGAUUUAGUAAUAUUGGUGGGAAGGGGAAAGUUGAAUGGACUGAGUGGGAUGCGGUCAAAGGGAUUGGGGAUGAUGAGGAGGAGCUAGUUGAGAGGAUCAAGGAAAUUGGGUUUGCUGGAACGACAAAUAAAGAGCAGAGAAUUGCACAAAACCAUCAACCGAGAUUCAUCCAGGAUCUUAGGCCUCUCGCAACAAUACUGAGGACGAAGAGGUCCAAAAGGUGCAGAGCUUGCAGGCAUAUCCUUGUCAAGCCAGAGUCGAAACCUACUACCAUCAGGUUCAGAAUAAAGCUUGUGGCGAUGUUUGUCCCGCCAAUUCUUCCUCCCUCACUUCAACUCAGAUGCUAACCAUUUAACAGGAACUACAUACCAGCACUCUCAAUCUCCCGCUUAGACCCAACAACAUUCAACUAUUCUGCGCUCACCCCCCUCUCGACCCAUCAAUUCCUCUUAACAAUCACAAAUCCCUUAUUCGACCCCAUAAACAUCACCCUUGCCACACCGGCCAAAACGCCAGGAAGCUACCCCUCGACCGUAACAAUCCUCUGCCCAACCUUCGAAGUAGGCGCAAACACCGACGUCUGGGACGAGGCCUUGCAGACAACUGCAAACACGCCAACUGCCGCCAUCAAGAAGGGACGGAAAACUGGAAUGCUGAUCGGCACCGUCUGGGACCUAGGCAGGAACUGGACAACCGUGGUUAUAGAACUCGUGCCACCGCUACUCCCACUCCCCGGGGAAUUGGACGAGGACGGGGACGAGCUUGCUACCGAAGAUGACAGGCUCGUUCAGGUUCCCGUGUCGGUACGUGUAGUUUACGAGACUGAUCUUGAGAGGGACGAUGGCGGUCUUGGGAAGGAGGCGAAGGAGAAGAGAGAGCACACAUACUGGAGUGUGCUGGGACUAGGGAGGAUCUCAGAGAAGAUGCCUACCACGGCUGUUGAGGAUGUCGCCGGGCCAUCGGCAGCACGGCCAACGAGCCUGGUUUCUAUAGCGGGGAAGGGUGUUGCUGGGAGAGGCGGUGCCAGGGAGGAAGCUGGUGAGAGUAGAGCAAAUAGGCAUUCUGUCAGGUAGGUUUAUGUGGGGGUGGUAUGAUAGUUAAUGCUUGUGAAUAAUAAUUUCGACAUCCUACGAUUCUGUAUCCCCAUGUUACUGCGGUAUCAUACAGUAUUACAUGCAAUGCUGCCAACCAUUUCGCCGCCACCUACUGUAUGAUAGCCGAUAGCGGACAUUGUACUAGUAGAACCGCUCGCCUCUCUGAUUCGUACC